UUUUGCACCUACAAUGGAAAUUGAAGAGAAUAGUGUAAAGAUUGGUGCUGAUAAGGAAAACCUUUCACCAGAAGAAGGCUGAGAGUCUAAGCUAGAAAGAAAAAGAGAUAAAAAGAAGAAAAGCAAGAAGUCUAAAAAAUCUAAGAAAUCAAAGAAGGAAAAGAAAGUCAAGGAUAAGAGUGAAAAGAAGAGGAGACUACAAAAUGCUCUAAAGCCAAUACAGAAGAGGGCUAUACCUCCAUUAAUCCCUCCAUUAUUUUCUCCUAACUGCCAAAGAAUAGUCGAUAAAAUUAGGUUGAAAUUUCCUCGGUCAAUCAAGUCGAAGGUCUAUUUCAACUCUUCUCUUUGCGAAGAUUGGGCCCAGAAUAAGGAGUAUGACAACGCACAGCAUAUUAAUGGACUCUUGAUGAGUGAAGAUGAUUUCCUUACCCUUUACGACAGAGAGAAUAGCCCAGCUGUCAUUAGUAACGUCAUGAGUGAAUGGAAAGCAUCAAGCUGGACAAUUGAGUCUCUUUUGAAGGAUUACGAAGAAAUCAAUUUUCUUGUAGGAGGUCAUGGAUAUUUUGAUGAAAGAAUUCCAAUGAAGCUUAAACUCUUUGCUGAAUACAUGAAAAAUAAUGAAGAUGAUGUACCACUGAUGCUACAUGAUUAUGGAUAUAACAGAAGAAUGAGCACUAAAGUUCUAAAAGAUGAUUAUAUUGAGCCCUCUUUCUUUGGAAAAGAUUAUCUAGGCUAUAUGGCAGAGGCUAGGAGACCUCCAUGGAGAUUUUUCUCUAUAAUUCCAAAAAGAAGUGGGCAUAAGCUUUAUAGAAACCCUUAUAAAGAGAGUAUUUGGGAAGCAGUGAUCACUGGAAAGAGAAGAUAUGUUCUGUUUGAACCUGAAUCUCCUAAAGAUCUUAUAAAAGGUGUUUCAAUUCCAGGUUGAGAAGGAAACAACUCAGAAUGUGAUGCAAUAGUAUAUUUUGAUAAAGUUCUUCCUAAGAUCAUUGCUCAUGAAGACGUAAAAGCAAAGUGUGAUAGAUAUGAGAUGAUACAGGCAGUCGUUGAACCAGGAGAGAUGAUCUUCAUCCCUUCUGGGUGGUACUACUGCUACGUAGCCUUAGAAGAUAGUAUUUCAUUAUCACAAAGUUUCUGCUCAGAAGUGAACUUCGAUGAUGUAUGGAGAACCCUAAGAUACAAAGAUGAGAGACUUGCAUACCUCUGGUUUGAGUUUAUAGAAAGAUUUGAGCCAAUCAUGAUCAGAAAACUCCGCAAGGUGAAUGAGAAAGAUGGAGUUCCAGAAUGGACUAAGGAAUACGAAGAGAAGAGAAAUGCCAAAGCCUGUGCUCCUCUUGCUUAUGAUGAUUAUAAUUAA